UCAGAUAUAUAGAUCCUGUAUUGCAGUUUUGACAGUUGGUUAACCGAAAGCUAUUUAAAGAAAUAAAUAAAUUUUAUUUUGUUAUCAAAGAGACAGUGUCAAAAAUUAUUAAUAAAUAGCUUUCUUGUGCAUUACUAAAUCCUUAUUUUAAAUUAAAAUAGUAAUAAGUCACAAUGGGCGACCAAUAUUCUAAUGGAGAAAAUACAGGUGAUGGAAAUUUCUUUAAAAAACAGACGGCGGCCGUUGAAAGAUUUUUACCUUCUCUCUUUAAUAUAAAAGUGCUUGGAGACCAAAGUUCCGAUCACAGGACACGAGGUCCAAUACAAGAUUUUUAUCAAAUUCGAAAUGAGUGUUUAUCAAGGGGACAAUUAUUCGAGGACCCAAUUUUUCCUGCUACUGAUUCUUCACUAUAUUUCUCAAAGAAGCCUGAAUAUCUUCAAGAAAGCAAGAAUAUUGAAUGGAAAAGGCCAAAGGAAAUUGCAGACAAUCCUCAGUUCUUUGUCGAUGGUUAUUCAAGAUUCGAUGUUCAACAAGGAGUCUUGGGCGACUGUUGGCUGCUCGCUGCUGUUGCCAAUUUAGCUAUGCAUCCUCAUUUAUUUCAUCAAGUUGUACCAGAGGAACAGUCUUUUGAAGAAAACUACGCAGGAAUUUUCCACUUCAAAUUUUGGCAGUACGGGAAGUGGGUGGAUGUCGUGAUUGACGACAGACUUCCAACUUGCAACGGACAGCUUUUAUUCCUUCAAUCCCCAGAGACCAACGAGUUCUGGAGUGCGCUGCUCGAGAAAGCAUACGCGAAAUUGCAUGGCUCCUAUGAAUCCCUUAAAGGUGGUACCGCGGUGGAGGCCAUGGAAGACUUUACAGGCGGCGUUACAGAAAUGUACGACAUGGACAAAACUCCGUCAAAUUUGUUCAGUGUGCUGCUGAAGGCCUACGAGAGAAAUUCCCUAAUUAGUUGUUCGAUUAAGUCAAAUUCCAAUGCCUGUGAGGUAAAGACACCGCAAGGUCUAAUUAAGCGUCACGCCUACAGUGUUACGAAAAUAAAGAAUGUUCGCACCGACGACAAGUCCCAACAAGGUGGCACAGUUCCGUUAGUGAGAAUCAGGAAUCCUUGGGGAAAUGAGGCCGAGUGGAAUGGUCCCUGGAGUGAUGGGUCACCAGAAUGGAGAUUCAUCCCAGACCACGAGAAGGAGGAGUUGGGUUUGACGUUUGACGUAGACGGAGAAUUUUGGAUGUCGUUCCAAGACUUCAAGACGUAUUUCACAAAUUUAGAAAUUUGCAACUUGAAUGCAGACUCUCUUACAGAGGAUGACUACAAUCAGGGCAAGAAAAAGUGGGAAACAAAUUUGUUUGAUGGCGAGUGGGUGCGCGGUGUCACUGCUGGUGGUUGCAGAAAUUACCCAGAAACUUUUGGGAACAAUCCGCAAUACCGCAUCACUCUUGAAAGUCCCGAUGAAGACGAUGAUAAAUGCACCGUCAUUGUAGCUUUAAUGCAAAAGAAUAGAAGAGCGAAAAAAAGAAUGGGUGCUAAAUGUUUAACAAUUGGGUUUGUUGUUUAUCAUUUGGAAGACCAUGACAGACUAUCGAAGCCUUUGGAUAUAAACUUCUUUAAAUACACUGAAUCAGCAGCAAGCACGCUUUCAUUUUUUAAUUUACGAGAAGUCACUUGUAGGUUUAAAUUGUCGCCAGGAGUUUAUUGCAUUGUUCCCAGCACUUUCGACCCAAACGAGGAAGCGGAAUUUUUGUUGAGAAUAUUCUCUGAAAACAAAAACAACUUGGAGGAGAAUGACGAAGAAGUUGGUGUCGGCGAAGUGGAUAAUAGGGUACAUGAUCAACCUCAGCCAGAGCAAAAUGAGGACGAAGUUAAAGAAUUCUUCAGAAAACAUGCUGGCGAUGACAUGGAAGUUGACUGGAUGGAGCUGAAAGAAAUUCUGGACGACGCACUGCGCGAAGAAACGCACAAUAAAGGAUUCAGCAAAGACAUUUGCCGCAGUAUGGUGGCAAUGUUGGACGUUGAUCACUCAGGAAAACUGGGAUUUGAGGAGUUUAAAUCUCUGUGGAAUGACAUUAGAAACUGGAGAGCUGUAUUUCGGCUGUAUGACAGAGAUGGUUCAGGGUAUCUGAGUGCAAUUGAGUUGAGACAGGCCUUAAAUAGUGCUGGCUACAGACUUAAUAAUCGCAUACUGAAUAUCCUAGCACAUCGUUAUAGUACUAAAGAGGGGAUGAUUUCAUUUGAUGACUACAUAAUGUGUGCAGUUCAAAUCAAAACUAUGAUUGAUACUAAAUAUCAUUCCAAUACUUUAAGUAAAUGUGCGAAUCUAGAUGAGUACAUUUAAUAAUCUUUGUUUCAAAUGAAUAUCUGUAAGCUUACAUUCGUUUUCAUGUUUACUUUGCACUUUUCAAUUGACUGUUUUGCAGUCCCGGUAAGAAGAGGUUGAUUAAAAUAGAUUAAAAUGUUUACACAAAAUUUCAAAAAUGACAUUGAUAUGGAAUUAAAAGCAUUGGGAAUUUUAACCAUAUGUGACUGUCCACGAGAAAACAAGGCUUAGGUCCAAAAAAUCAAUUUUGAGUUCUUUAUGGUAAUCGACAGAUUUUAUGUUGCUUUUUCAAAUGCAAAAGUCAAAAGUUAAAAAUAUCAAUUACUUAGGUUACGUUUGUAAUUUUGACAUUAUGUAAAUUGUAAACACUAAAAAAAAUGAAUGAAGAAUCUUAAAAGUGGGGAUUUCUCAUUUCUCCUCUUGCGCUCAAAAUGGGGACCAAUAAAAAUAUGGAGUUUCAUCUUCUUAUCCUCCUUCAUAGAAAUUAAAUUAAAAAGCUCUCUUUAGAAAUAUCCUAGUCGUAUACACAUUACACACCUAUCCAUCGGAUUCAGUGGGAGGUGGUUUUGAUAAUUCAUUGGAAUUUGGAAAAUAAUCUACUGAAACAACUAAAAUUAGUAUGCAUUAUUAAUUUUUUAGAUUCGUCGCAGGAAUCAAAUUUUAUCUAUUUUUAAGUCUAAAAAUAUGGUAUUGGAAAGUAUAAGCGUGGAACAAAAAUAAAACUAAAAUAUGUAUUUAAGUUUAUAAAUUGUAAAAUUUUCUCUUCUUUUUAAACGUUAAUGAUGUAAAAAAAAGUAAAGUCAUGGAUGUUAUGUCGUUCUAGCUGUCAAGUUUCUCUUUUAAGGGGACCCGCACCCGAAAUUUCAACUAUAACAGAAUAUAAUUGA